AUGCUCAAACACACAUCUAACAGGAUAAUAAGCUGUCCAAGCAUACUGGGGAGAAGAUGGGCAUCAUCUGGUUUUGGGGGUGCUAAAAACUCUAGUGAUUCCACAUUACCAAGAAGACCAAUGAAAAAAAUUAAAUUAGGUAAAGCAAGACCAGCUAUUUAUUACCAAUUCAACUGUAAAACAGAAUUAAGUGAUGGUAGUGUUGUCAUUAGAAGAUCCCAAUAUCCAAAAGAUGAAUUAAGAUUGAUUCAAGAUCAAAGAAAUAAUCCAUUAUGGAAUCCAAAUAGAGCAGACUUAGAAGUUGUUGAUGCUAAUGCCGGUGGUAGAAUGGCUAGAUUUAGACAAAGAUAUGCACAAUUUGAUGUUGAAGAAACCGCAGAAGCAAAGGAAGAGAACCAAGAUGAAGAAGUUGAUUCAAUGAUGAUGGAUGAAUAUUUGGAAUUGUUAGGUCAAAAUGUUCAAGAAGUUCAAAAAGGUGGUAAAGUUGCUACUAAAGCAAGUAGAAGAAGAAAGUGA